AUGGCUGCCAAUCUGACUGUCCACGUUACCAACAUCUCGGCGGAGACCGAUGACAAGGAAAUCAAGGAUUUCUUCAGCUUCUGUGGCAAGAUCACUGACAUCAAGGUUACCCCUACCGAGAAGACCAAGGAGGCCACCGUCGUCUUUGAGAAGGAGACCGCUGCCAAGACUGCUCAGCUCUUGAACAACACAAAGCUCGGCCCCAACCAGAUUUCCGUCACCCACGAGGGUUCUGCCGACGACCACGCCCCGACCACCAACCUCGACCGGGACAGCGACGAGAUUACCCAAGAGGAGAAGCCCAGAAGCCGUAUCUUUGCUGAGUACCUUGCACAUGGCUACGUUGUCGGCGAUGCUGCUCUCCAGCGAGCUAUCGAGCUUGACUCGAAGCACGGCGUCUCUACCCGCUUCGUCUCGACUCUCCAGAACCUAGAUACCAAGUACCACGCCACAGACCGAGCCAAGACGGCAGACCAGUCGUACGGUAUCACGCAGAGAGCCAACACCCUGUGGGGUGGCCUGAACUCAUACUUUGAGAAGGCCACCAACACUCCCACUGGCAAGAAGCUUGUCGGCUUCUACACAGAGGGCUCCCGCCAGGUCCAGGACAUUCACGCCGAAGCCCGCCGCCUCGCAGAUCUGAAGAAGGACGAGCACGGCGGCAGUGCCUACAAGGCAUCUGGCCUUGAGCGCGUCUUUGGAAAGGACAAGUCCGCUGGCGCAGGACCAGAAGGCACAAGUGAGUUCAAACCAUAUCCGACUGGUGUUGAUAACCACACGACAUGUGGUUGUAAGGGUGACCAAGGAGUCUGUGGCUGCGAGAAGGACAAGUGUGUCUGCGACAGUUGCCCAAAGUUCAAAGAACGACAAACAACUUGUGGUUGCUCCGGAAAGCCAAGCGAGUGCUCGUGCGAAAAGUCAAAGUGCGCUUGUGGAAAUGGAGGCAGUUGCUCCUAA